AGCCAAUCUAUCGAAUGUUGGUCCAAUGGACUAAAUUUGCGUAUGAAAAAGUAACAAAAGUAAGAUGUCUGCUGUCUGUGGUGUGUUUACGGGGAAAUAUUUAUAUAAUACGUGAUACUAUUUAUUCACAAUACCGAUAAUUAAAAUGCGUUUGUCUCGUAUUUGUUUGAAAGUGUGUUGCCCUAAUGGCUGCGCCCUUUAACUGGUACAAUCAGCAGCAGGCCGACAGCAGCGGCUUAUGCAGCUGUACAGUUACCACUGAAUGCAAUGGAAAUGAGAGCACCACGAAACAUACCGCCGUCACGGUGCCCCUCUGUAUCCUUGGCGAUGUUCAGCUUCGCUUUCUGUGCCCUGCAGAUCUGGAUGAAGUCCGAGCACUCUGUGAAGACUGGUUUCCGAUAGAUUACCCAUACACGUGGUAUGAAGAAAUAACAAGUUCAUCCCGAUUCUAUGCGCUGGCCGCUGUGUACGGCGGUGUUAUAAUUGGAUUAAUCGUCGCAGAGAUAAAGCCUUAUUGGAAGGUGAACAAAGAAGAUCGUGGUAUUUUGUGUUCUAGUCUUGACGACGAAUCAUUGGUCGGAUAUAUAUUAAGUUUAGGUGUAAGACGAACCUAUAGACGUAACGGUAUUGCAUCUCUUCUUUUGGAACAGUUAUUGGCACAUGUUACAGCCCCAGAGCGUUCAACGGUCAAAGCAGUAUUUCUUCACGUACUAUCUAGUAACUCACCAGCUAUUCUGUUCUAUCAAAGAUGCAAUUUUCGAUUGCACAGUUUUCUACCUUAUUAUUAUUCAAUUCAUGGCAAGUGCAAAGAUGGGUUUACGUACGUUCUUUAUGUCAAUGGUGGGCAUGCACCCUGGGGCUUAUGGGAUUGGAUGCGUCAUGUAGCUGGAGCUAUAGUAAGUCUUGGACCCUGCAGAGUACCACAUUGGAUAUGGCAAAGACUUCUGUGGGCAGCGACCCUUCUCUCAUACCAUAGAUGAUAAUAACUCGUUUCUUCCAUUGCCAUAACACGAGUAGCCAACCCUAUGAUAUGCUUUAAUCUGAGCUUAGAGUACGACGCUCUUGCUUAAGAUGAUACUGCCAAAAAAGUACACCAAUACUGUACCAAACCAUUAUUUAUUAUCCUAUCAGUGCCAUGCUGGAUUAUUCAUGUGUAAGACGAUUACGUCUAUGCAGGUAGUUAGGUAGGAUAGGUAAGCAGGUAUAUUAAUAGGUAGGUUGAUCGAGAGAUUUUCUUACUAAUGAUUAGCUGAUAGUAUUUAAUUUAUCAACGAUAUAGUGUAUAGUUUAUGUAUACUUUACACGAUGUAUUAUGUGUAUCCAUGACGAAUAAUUUUGACGAUAUUUACGCACCAAAUCAUAGUAAUAAUGAAACGGAAGUCAAAACACUAUUAAAAUAAGAUUAUGGUGUUCGAUAUUUGUACAUACCUACGAUUUGUACACACAAGUGGGUACCCGAGAUAUUACAAGUUUCUACCAGGUACCAUGUUGAAAAUAGUCAUAGCACAGUUAUGAUCCAGAGAACUUUUUAAGGCCCCUCAACUUACCAUUAAAUAAAUCACAAGUCUGGCUUUCAAAAGUAAAUAAUUAUUGCAGUGAAUGAUUAUAUACAUAUUACGUGGCACAAAAGUGUAAUAAGUUUCGAUCUUACCUAUAAGAUUGAUAUUGAUAACCUUCAUAGCAUUGAGAAACUUAUUACUGCUAAUAUUGCAACUACUAUUUAUCUCUUAAAAUUUUGAAGGGAUUUUAUAGACCUUACGUUAUUUGUGGCGUAGUCACAAUUUGUUAAAUAAUAUGUGAACUUUUGAUACAUUCAUUUUUCAAUUGCCAAUUGUUUUUAAAUGAAUUCAUUCAAAAAUUCUCUGCAACCAAAUUAACAGUAAUCCUGACGAUGCUAACAUCGAAGUUAAAUCUUUAAUAGAAAUAAAUUUCCAUCACCGUAACCUUAUGUGUACUAAUAUUGACAAUAUCAUACUAAAUUUUUUUCUUUCUGAUACUCAAUAUUCAACAUAUAGCUGUCCAUAUACGUAUAGAUGCAUUAUGUUUCUAUUUUUAUAACAAAAAUUCUGUUAUAAUUCUAUGAAACCUGUGUAGAUAUUUUACUUGUUUAAACUAGAGAAUAUCAAAGAAUUCUUUGGUCAUAACGUAUUGUUAUUGUUUUAAUUUUAUUCCUGAAAAAAAGGUUACGUGUAAAAUUCGAUGUACUUUUGUGUUACCUGGUUCGUAUGUACAUACGUACGUACAUACAUACGUACCUUAUAGUAUACCAUACCUAACAUAAUAUAUAUGUGGACGUACAAACAUUAUUGUACUAUUAUAUACUCGCACAGUUGUAAAUAUUGUAAUAACUUUGUUUAUAUUGGAGGAUGGAGAAAAACAUUUUUGCAAAAGUAUCAUUACUUGCUGUAUUUGAUACGCUGUUAUAGUUCAUACGAGCAUGUAGUAGAUACAAAACAAAUGGGAGGUGUAAGAAAUGAUUAAAUAAUUUAUUUUCCAUUAUGUGUUGUAUUUCUCUAUUGUCAUUUGUUAAAUAAAUAUUUAGCAAUAA